AUGAAUAUUUACAUGAGCAUUUCGAUUAAUUUACUGAUUGGAUCUGAUGCUAUAAUCAGUGCAAUAUUGGCAGAUUAAGAGACUAAUUAUAUAUUAACAGCAAUUAGAUUCUCAAUAGCUUUGGUCAGUGUAAUAUGUCAUUUUGUUAUCCACAAAUAAUUUAAGGUUCCAUUAUUUACCCUUUGCUUAUAACUGUUAUAUUAAGUAUAAUUGGCUUCAGAAAUUAGGUAAGCCUUUUAAAGUUUAGAUUCUUAUCACUUUUAUAUAUAUUUGUUAUUGUUAUAUUAAGAACAAACAACACAAUAGCAUAAAUAUUUAUAAUAUUUCUCAAUAGUUUAUUGUAUGGUAGAGAUUCAAAUUACUAAUACUUUCAUAUAUCAGUACAUAAACACAACCUUAAUUACUAUAUUAAUAAUUUUGAUAAAAGUGGUGAAUUUACAAUAAUUAAGACACAAACAUACCACUUCUCAUGAAGUUUUAUAUUCUUAUUCUACAGUACCAGCUGAAUAGAUUAUGUCAAAUAGGAAAAUUGAUCUUAUUUAAAAAGAUGAAUUAAUUUACAUUACAAAUCAUAUUAAACAAGGAAUAAUAUAUUUUUCAACUACUUUAGAUAUAUUAUACAUAAAUGAUAAGGCAUCUAAGAUAUUAAUGGCUUAGAGUGAUGAAUAAGCUAUGCUUUAAUUUUAAAAAAUGAUAUUACAGUAAAUUUUUAUACUAUUUUUUAGGGGUUUAGAAUAAGAAGAAUCAUUAACAAAAUUACACAAAGAGAUUAAGUGUCGUGCUUCAUAAAAGUAAUUACCUUAAAAGGCAGAUGGUAAAAUGAUAGAAUCUUUAAUUGCAUCUGCUGAAAAUCAUUAUAAAAAAUAUUAAUCAUUAAGUGAGAAGAUAUUAGAAUAAUAAUUCUAAUAUAAAAAAUAAAAAAAAAAUUAAUUAUCAAAACAUAAUUUUAAAUAGUUGCUUUUAUCACUUUUUAGUGAAUCAUAAAUUUCUUCUCUGUAAUAAUAUCUGUAACUUUAGUUUAGAACAUAGGAAUUUUGUUAAAUCUAACAAAUUAACAGUUCAUUUUAGUACCAAUAAUCAUGAAAAAACCAUAGAAAUAACAUUUUGUAAAAUGAUAAACUUAUUAAACUAAAAUUGUUAUCUAGCAUUAUUUUAAGAUAUCAGUGAAAUAGAAUAGUAAUAAUAAUAUGUUUAGAAAUAUAAAUUUUAAACCUUGUAUUUUAAUUCAUUUUCUCAUGAAUUGAGAACUCCACUUAAUUGUUCAUUAAAUUUAUUAUAAGCUUUAAAAAAUUAACCUAUUUAAACAAAUCUUAUACAAUAAUAUAUUAAUCCUUCAAUAGUUUCUAAUAAAUUACUUAUGCAUUAAAUUAAUGAUAUCUUAGAUUAUGCUUCAUUUGGUUUAGGAACAUUUCAUUUAAAUAUGUAAGAAUUUCUGAUAAAAGAUUUAUAUAAAUAAUUAGAAGAAUAUUAUUAAGACAUUUGUUAAAGUAAAGGGAUUAAAUUAAAUUUACAAAUUUUAGAUGGUUUAGAAAAUAUCAAAAUUAAUAAUGAUCCUGAAAGAAUAUUAUAAUUACUUGUAAAUUUAAUUAAUAAUUCAUUAAAAUUUACAGAAUAAGAUGAUACAAUAUCAAUAACAGCCAAAAAAAAAUAAAAAUCUUCUGGAUUGAUAAAUUUUAUUAAAUUUAUUGUUCAUGAUACUGGUAAGGGAAUCUCUAAAGUAGAUUUAGAAGCAAUUAAUAAUAUAGUUAAUGCAAGUAUUGAUGAUAGUAUAUUUUAUUAAUUGAGAAAUUUCACAACAAAAUAUGUAGGACUUGGUUUUUCUAUUGGAAUGAAAAUGAAUCAUGAAUUGUCUUAUUCAAAAAAAUCAUAUUUUAAAAUUAGAAGUAAAGAAGGAGAAUAUACUAAAAUUAGUUUUAGAAUAAAUAAUUAAAUAAAUUCUAUUUCUAGAUCUCUUAAAGGAUCUACAAUAAGAUUAGAUGAGAUAGUAGAAUCAAAUGAUGAUAAAGUUACUAUUGAAGAUCAUUAAAUGCCAUUAUGGAAUUAAACAUUUUUUACUUAAAGAUAACAUUAAAAUGAUACAAAUCCUCCAAUUCUUAUUUGUGAUGAUGUACCAUUUAAUUUAUUGUCUUUAAAUUUAUUAAUUAAAAAUCUAGGAUUUGAAAGUGAAAUGGUAUAUGAUGGAUAAGAAGCUAUAAAUAGAGUUAUUAAUAGAUAGAAAAUGUAAUAAAUAUAAUAUAAAUUGAUUCUAAUGGAUAUUGAGAUGCCUGGUUUAAAUGGAUAUUAAACAUCUGUAUAAUUAUUAGAAAUUGAUAGAAAAUUGAAUAUAGCUAUGUGUUCUGCUUAUGAUUCUGAAAAUAAUCUACUUAAAGCAUUAGAAAGUGGUAUGAAAGAAAUCUUAAUUAAACCUGUAAGAUUUGAACAAUUAAGGUAACUGAUUUUUAAAUAUAUAAAAUGA